UUGUUAAUAAGGUUGUAAUUGUAAAUUAAAAUGCAAGAGAGAGAAAAAAGAAGGGGCCAAGGCUAGUCGCAAGCUAGCAAGUACAAUGAAAGCGGGAAACAUCCUCGGAAAUGCUUGCUUUCCAUGGAAACCCACACUCUCACCCCGCCUACCUCCUCCCCUCUCCACCUUCCGUUGCUUCUCUGCCUUGCCUUCUUCCAGUUCAUUGAAAACCAAAAUGAAGCCGAAGAGAGAUUGGGCUGCUGAUUGGAUAUCGAACAACGACGACACCGUUCGAGGCUUUCCCAUAUUUGUCGGAGGUGCUUCUCUCUUAGCCGUGCUCGUCAAUCGCGCCGUUACAGGCAUAGCUCCCGUUGCUGAUGCCAGCAGUUCACAAUCGAGGGCUGAUUUGUUAACACUUGGAUUGGCUGUUACUAAUAUAUUAACUGGUCUGGUAUGGCUGACAAUUCGCCCUAAAUCUAUCUCUGUGGUAAAUCCUCAAGGCGUGGAAUGCCGGUUUAUAUUUUCCCACCUUCCUGAUUUUGUAGUUUCCGAGCUAUUAUGGGCAUGGGAGUCUCUGUCAGGUGUUACAUGCUGUAGGUCUCUAGUUGUUGUUUACGAUUGCUGUUGUAUCCUACAAAUUGGGGUGGCAGCUGAAUCUGUCAAUAAUGAAGCACUGGCUGUUGAUGCAGCCAAUUUGAUGCAAGGAUCUCUUUACCAGGCUGCUAUAAAAUCUGCAUCUCAGAGCUAUUUGGCCAACCUUUCUCUCUACCCUGGGAGAUCUGAGUUGCCAUUUCUACCUUUGAACACACAGAAUGUAUGGUUGCUUUGUUGGACAGAAGAUCAUUUGAUGGUUUUGAAGAGGAAGUUGUCUCGGAAAUGUCUAUGAUGUGUAUAUCCAUAAGAAAUGUACACUUAAAGCUACAUUCCUAUUUAUAUUGUGGAGAAAAUUGCUCCGCUCUGGAGUGUAAUUCUAAACCUGCAACACAUUUUUCAUUGAUUUUCCUGCGCCAGAUAUCCACAUCAAAGAAUUACUAAAUCAAUAUGACAAUUUGCCAGGCAGUGAUUUUGCAGCCACUUGGAGACAAAGGAAUUGUAAUAAUUGGUGGUGACACAAUUAGGGGGUUCACAUCUUCCGACCAGGCAUGGAUUACGCUUAUUGGAGAAAAACUGGAUGCUACUCUUGCAAAAUAUGUUACAAAUGAACGAUUGGCAGUGCAAGAUAGAGUCUGAAAAUAACUAUACCGAACUAUGGAUCCUCAUGUGUAUAUAUAUAGCAUUUGCUGUGUCCAUUAUUUAAGGAGACAAACUGUCAUCAAACCAAAUCAUAGCGAGGCAGAACGAAGAUGGAGUGAAAACCGGGGGCAUUGUGUGGUGAGCCCACCUCGUGCCAAAUGUGUGGGUUUCUAGGUAUAGACGCUUUGACUUUCGAGUUGUAAUAACACAGGAAGCAUAAACAUUUUUCAAAUUUUCAUUAAUGAGUUUACAGAUUGAGCUGGUAAACCCUAACAUUUGUACAACUUAUGGUUCAUAGCAGCUUGAUCAUUAUUUCUUUUCUUUUCCUGUUUUCUGAAAAGCUCGCCGAUUACAUUCCUUGCCGAG